CUUUUAAGUCAGUAUUCGAAUGGAUAUUCAUUCGGUAACAUUAAUUACGCUAGACCGUUGAAAUUAUCAUAUUCUUUACCAUUUACUUUAGAUAGAAUAAUUAAAACGGGUUACAUAUCUUUAUCGGGAAGUUUAAAUAUUUACCAAUACGAUAUUGACUUUUAAACGCUAACACUGAUAAAGAGUAGUGACUAUCGAUUAUGGGAAACUCGAAAUCAGUCAGAGUCGGCAUCACGCAGGAGAUGCUAGAAGAAUAUACGCAACUUACGUAUUUAACCAAAGCUGAAAUUCAUCAUAUUUUUAAAUUGUUUAAAACAUUGGGUACCGAAGAAUUGUCCAAAGAUAUAUAUCAUCGAUUUCCUGUCGAUGAUAUUUUGAAAAUUCUACCACAAAUACGACACAAUCCAUUCCGUGAAUCCGUGCUACGAGUAUUCUCAUCCGAACAGGACAGCUGUAUGAGUUUCGACGAUGUUCUGGACUUGUGUUCAGCUCUUUCGGACAAUUGUCCUGAAUAUGUACGCGCUGCCUGGGCAUUUCAAAUUUUUGACUUUGACGGCGACAAUCAAGUCUCUCUCGACGAUUUGAUCGAAGCUGUAGAGAGGCUGACAGGAUUCAAUGAGAAUGGACAGAUCAGAAUUGAUCGGCAGAGUGCAGAACACAUAGCCCAAAUGGUAUUAGAGGAAAUGGACCUUGAUCAUACUGGUAGCAUUGGCCCACAAGAGUUCGUACAUACCGUUGCAAGAAUGCCAGAAUUUGCACAGACUUUCCAAUUAAUGCCAUAACAACGUGUAAAUUAUUUAUACUGAUCAAGCUGCUAAAAGCCCUCCCAUAAAUUAAGUGUACCUCUAGAAAAUUAUUAAUAUUCCAAUUAAUUGUAAAUUAGUGUUAAUUUAUAUAGGACUUGAAACAAAUUAAUGAACUCGUUACUUAUUUCGUGCCGCUUACUUUGGGGUAUAUAAAUUGUUUUAUAUGCUUAAGAAAUUUCAAUAAUUACUUUAUCUUUGAAUAAAUAUUCAUAUAUUUAUAAUAAAAUAACUUGUACGUGACGUCGAAUAGAAGGACAAUUUUAUUUGUUAAUAUCAUUAACGACGGAUUCUUCCACGAGAAAGACUCGCUAGAUAAACAUUUGAAUUAUUUAUCAAUUACCUUACGCUUUUGCCGUGACAAAUUUCUUGUACCAUUCCGAAAUACGAAGUACUCCCGCUCAAAGACGAAAAACACAUUGCGUAUAAUAUGAAAUUUAAAAAAGUGAUAUAAAAUAUACGCAUCCUAUAGAUAUAAAAUGAAAUUCGACGCGUGUAUUCAAAUCGUCGCCCUUUCAUUUGUAAUGAAUUUUUAUACACGUUAUAAUACGCGCAAAUAACCCCACAAAUUAAAUGAAAUCCAACAGGAAAUACCUAUCCCAGCAAACACUGUUAUGAUAUAUAAUAACAUAAUAAUAACGUAUUAUAGUAAGACUGAUAUAACACACGCAUUGCUUCAUACACGUCACAAAAAUUCUAAGCAUGUCCCUCGUGUGCAUGGACGUAUAGACGUAUUGUGAAUGUACCAUUACAUUUUGUACUGUGCUGGAAAUAAUUUACAUAUAAAUGAAAAGGUUACACACAAAGUAAUAUAGAUUUCACAUAACAAUAAUAUAAUCCGUUUAUCUUUAUUUUUAUACUACAUAUUUUAUUAUUAAUAUAUUAAAAUAUUAUUUACUAAUAUAACAUCGGUAAUAUGCUGUCAUAAGUGUAACACUAUAUUCAAAAUUCAUUGUGAUGCAUCUUUUUUGGGCUAAUUUCAUAUAGCAAUUAUAUUGUUGUGAUAUAAUAUUUGUUAUAUUAUUUCCAGCAUCUAAGUGACACAAUCUUUUUAUGUAAUAUUUUCUGGGAUUCUACAUAAAAUUGGAAUUGCCAGUUCUCAAAAAUAUUCAUUCAUGUAUCUUUGGUGAUACUGUAUAUUAGAAUAAUCAAUCGCUUGGUAAUUAUUACUUACAAGGAAGGUCACCUUAGUGUACCCCAGGAACCUGGGUUGAAAAAAUGAUAUUUUGUAGUUCACAUGAAAGUAUAAAUCCUCACACAAAAUGAGGUGUCCACUCGCAUAUUUAAGGAGUGAAAUUAAUUCCUGAAAAUCGGUGGUUUUUUCGUUUUUCGCUAAUAUCUUCGAAACUAAAAUGGAUACGACAAAAGUUUAAAUAGCAAAGUUAUUCGUUUUUCAGUGCUCUACAAUAAUAUGUAGUUGAAAAUUAUAUAGAAAUUGUUUAUUUAUUUAAUUUUUAUAAAAAACGUGUUUUUUUACACAUUUUCCUCUAUUUUGUCAUAAUAAACUUAAGUGUUUCGACUCGAAAUUCAAUGUAUUUUCAAUUUUCCAUUCUAUAUAAAACUUUAUUUAAUAUA